CCAGUGCCCUAUGUUCCUUAGGAAAUGGAGGAAAUCAUGGCUGCUUUCCCUAGUAUAAGUUCCCUCCCUUGCCCCCCUUGUUUUCCCACCUCUCUCUCUCUCUCUCUCUCUCACUUCAUUCCCAUCCUGCAAAUUCUCCCCUACCAAGAAACUCAGUAAACUACUAUACUGCACAUUAUUCUUGUUUCAACCCAACCAUAUAUUCUUGAAGCAGAAAGAUUAAACAAGGAAACUAAUAUGGACAUAGAAUUGGCAAAGUGUGAGUGCUGUGGAUUGAAAGAAGACUGCACUCAAGACUACAUCAGUGAGGUGAAGGCAAAGUUUGAUGGGAAAUGGCUGUGUGGUUUGUGCUCUGAAGCUGUGAGGGAUGAGGCUAUCAGAGGCAAGAACAUGCAGCACUUUGGCACAGAAGAAGCUGUCAAGGCUCACAUGUCUUUCUGUCGAAAAUAUAAGUCGAAUCCCGCCAUUCGAGUCGCAGAUGGGAUGAGGCAGAUGCUAAGGAGAAGAUCGGGCGAUCUCUCGUCGUCGCCCUCUCCUUCCAAGAAGUUUUCGAGAUCAGCUACCACCUCUGCUUCUUCGAUCUCGUAUUACUAGUGUUGUUGAAACAUUGAUUGGGCUCGAGCUCUCGGGAUUGGGGUUCAAUCCUUUUUUUUUUUUUUUUUUUUUUUUGGCUAAAAGAAAAAAAAAAAAAAAGGAGGGGGAGCGGGGGAGGGGGAAGCAAAAAAAGGGUAACCUCAACUUUGGUUGAAAUAAGGUAUAACAACCUUUUUCUUGGCAAAUCCUAUAUCCCAUGAUCAUGGUUUCUUGUACAGAGUAUGUUGGUCAAUGGAGGCACAUAGUUUUGGCUUUCCUUCUGUUAUUGCUCAUUUUUUUUGCUUUCCUUUUCUUUUGUCUCUACAGUAAUUGGUUUCUGAGAAGUCAAAUAACACUUUUUUCAA